UAUAAAACUCUAUCAACUCAAGUUUGAAAAAAAGAGGAGAGAGAAAAUGGCAAUAGCAGAGAUAUUUUUAUCAGCGUUUCUUCAAGUAGUGUUUGAGAAGCUAACAUCCGCUGGAAUAAGCCAGUUUGUAAAGCAAAAGAGAUUACAAACCCAACACAAGACCAUCAAAGAAUGGGAGAAAAAGCUGAGAUUGAUUGAAGCAAUGUUGUGUGACGCUGAACAGAAGCAAUGCCACAGCAACGCCGUGAAAUUGUGGUUACAAGAUCUCCGAGACUUGGCUUUCGAGUUGGAGGAUGUUCUUGACGAUUUUGUAACGGAAGCUCGACUUCAUCGGUUGAAUGAUGAGUCGCAGGAACAUCAUCACUCCAGAUCUGGCUGUUGCACUCCAUUCCAUAAGGUUCCAAGCUUUCUUACUUGUGCUUCUGUAGCUUCAUACUCGAACACUGCAAAUUAUUCAACAAGCACUGUACACAUAAGCAAUCGCUUGCAAGACAUUCUGACACAGGCGGGCUCUUUGGGUCUUUCACAACAAACACAGUCAUGGGAAAUGCAGCAAGAAGAGCAGGCAAGAACAUCAUCUUUAAUACGUGAACCAAUUGUAUAUGGGAGAGAUGUCGUUAAGACUGAGAUAAUCCAACGGUUAUUGAAAGAUGAACCAUGUUGUGAGGAUUAUAUGGUAAUUCCUAUUUUUGGAAUAGGAGGAAUUGGGAAGACGACCCUUGCUCAAAGUGUUUACAACGAUGAGCUAGUCAAAGCUCACUUUGAUGUAAAAGCAUGGGUGUGUGUUUCUUAUGUGUUUGAUGUAAAACAAAUAACGGCAACAAUUAUCAAUUCCGCCACUCAGGCAACAGAAAACUUUAGUGAUCUUAAUGGGGCACAAGAAAAUUUGAAGCAUCUGCUAGCAAGCAAAAGGUUCUUGAUUGUUCUUGAUGAUAUCUGGAGUGAUGAAUAUGAUCCUUGGGACCAACUUCAGACCCCUUUCCAUGCUGCAGCAAAGGGAAGCAGAGUUAUAAUCACAACAAGAAUAGAGAGGGUAGCGAAGAACAUGCUUAGGAGACAAAAUCAAAGUCCCAUUGUUUAUUUAAAGGGUUUAUCAGAUGAUGACUGUUGGCUUCUUUUUCAGCAGCAUGCACUUGUAGAUCCUGACCUUGUUGAGAUACGAAAUGAAGUAUUAGGACUAUUCAAAGGAUUGCCUUUAGCUGCAAAAGCUCUAGGAGGUCUCCUCCGGAAAAAGGAUAAGAGCAAGUGGCCAAAGAUACUAAAGAGCAACAUUUGGAGCGAGGAAUGUGGUGUUUUACCUGCCCUGAGGUUAAGUUAUCAUCAUCUCCCACAAUACCUAAAACGCGUAUUUGCUUAUUGUUCUAUAUUUCCUAAAGAUCAUGAAUUUCUUGAGAAAGAUAUUGUCUUAAUGUGGAUGGCUGAAGGCUUGCUGCCAGAGAAUGAGGAGGAAAGCAUGGAAGACGCGGGCAGUAACUUUUUCGUUGACCUAGUGUCAAGAUCAUUACUGGAACCAAGUCCAUCUAGUGAUGGAGGGUGUUUCAUUAUGCAUGAUCUAGUUCAUGAUUUAGCUCAAUGGGCUGCAGGUGAUAUCUGUUGUACAAUGAAUAUCAAUAAAGUUUCCAGCAGAACUCGCUAUUUCUCUUUUACUUCAGAAGUACUGGAAGGACAACCCUGGACUCUAGGGAAAGUUAGCCAGUUGAGAACAUUUGCCUUUUUUGGGGGAGCAUUUGACAAUGUACUUCCAAUACAAAUGCUAGAUUCCAUUUUUCGACAAUUUCAAUAUUUGCGCGUGCUGUCUAUGGCUCACAUAGGAAUUAUUACUGAAUUACCAAAUUGUAUUGGUAGUCUGAAUCAUUUACGGUAUCUUGACCUGUCCUUCAAUUUACAGUUAAAGGAGCUGCCAGAAUCAACUAGCAAACUUUGCAACCUCCAAACACUGCUGUUGAAAGACUGUCAAUUCCUCAGAAAGGUUGUAACAAAUAUGGAACUCCUAACUGAACUUCGUCACCUGGACAUUGAUCAGACUGAUUUGUUGGAGAUGCCAGCUGGGAUUGGGAAAUUAACAAAUUUGCGAACAUUAAACCAAUUCUUCUUGACAGCAGAGUCUGGAAGAAUGAUACUCGAGUUGAAGAACUUGAAAUGUCUCAGUGGCUCACUGCACAUAUCUGGCCUACAACAUGUGGUGAGGAGUGAAGAUGCAAAAGAAGUCAGGCUGUAUGAAAAACUAGGCCUUGAUAUGUUGAAAAUGUCUUGGGGAGCUUCUACCCAUGAAGUUGAUCACAACAUUGAAAGAGAUGCACUUGAGCAAUUGCAGCCUCAUAAAUUUAUCAGAGAGUUAGAAUUGAAUGGAUACAGGUCCUUUAUAUUUCCUACUUGGUUAGGAAAUCCUUAUUUCACUAAGAUGGUUGUCAUAAGACUGGAGGGUUGUCCAAGAUGUGAAAACUUACCACCACUAGGGCAGUUACCCUUGUUGCAGGAGCUUUCCAUAGAACUGAUGGAUGGUAUUAAGACUGUAGGUCUUGAAUUUUACGGCAUUGGUUGUUUAAACCCAUUUCCUGCAUUGAAAACUUUGCGGUUCAAGUAUAUAGAGUAUUGGAAACAGUGGUUGCCCCCAUCAGUUGACGACAGUAGCAAGGUGUUUCCCUGCCUUGAAGAACUUUUAAUUUCAGAUUGUCCGUUGUUGGAGGGAUAUUUUCCUUCCCACCUCCCAUCUCUAAAACUACUGGAUAUUGUUAACUGCAGUGAGCUGAAAGUCUCACUUCCAAUAUGCCCUCUGCUCCAGGAACUGAAGAUAAGUAAGUGUAAAGAGUUAUCUACCACUGCACCUGUCAUAUGUUGUUCAGAAAGCCUAAUGCUUUUUGAUAUAUCACAAUUUACCGGGAUUCAGGGAUUUUGGGUUCAAGGAGUCGAAACUCUUAGGGUAAUAGGCGGCGGUUAUUUAGAAAUAGGAGUAGAUCACCGGAAGCGCUUAGAGUUGGUGAACUGUCCAAAAUUUGAGAAGCUGUGGCCUGAUCAAUUUGGGGAGUUGAACGAUCUGACCCAUGUUGUAUUAGUAAACUGUGAAGAACUGGCUAUGUUCUUGGAAACUAAUUUGCUGUCAAGUGUGAAACAUCUCAGAAUUUACGGUAACAAUUCAUUGAAUGAUUUAGGCAAGUUAACCAACCAAACCACUUGUCUUGAAGAGCUGCUUAUUCAAAGGUGUUCAUCUCUCAUCAGUAUUGGUAAUUUACCCCUGACUCUUCGAAUGCUAAUAAUAGAAGUUGUUAACAUAGAGCAGCCGGCUCAAGAGUGGGGACUUCACCUCCUUACUUGUCUGAAAUCUCUUAAACUCAUAAACGUAGGCAGCUCUGUAGAUUCAGUACAGUCUAUCCCUGACCCAGAUCUUUAUCUUCCCUCUUCCUUAUCUGACUUGACCAUCUUCGGGUUUGGGAGUUUGAAAUCCAUUUCGUGUUUUAGCCUUCCCAACCUGACUUACAUUUGGAUCCAGAAUUGUCCUAAGAUGAGCAAAAGAUGUAUACAGGUCUCUGAGGGACUUGUGAUAAAGAGUGGCGCGUCAUACCUUCAUGUCAAAAGGGCUGCUUCCAAUUACUGAUCUGAAAAAUGCAGCUUCUGUGAGGUGCUCUUUAAUACUUGUGGUUGAAGAGAAUAGAAUCCUAUACCUUUAAAACAUGCAAACUUGAAAUUACUAUUGCAGCAAUAGUGUUGUUACGAUUUUGCCCCUGCCUCUACCUCUUUACUACCGAGUUACCCUUCUCCACGUUGUUUCUUUGCCUUCUCUUCGGAUCAAGCCACUCAUCUUUCUUCUGCUUCCCUGCUUCCCCAGGUUCUAAACCCUAGCUCCUCCACCCCCAAUUUUUAUCUCCUUUCCCGUCUUCUACCUCUCUCCUUUAUUGGUCUGAGAUGCUACUUGAACUACUAGGGUUGAUUUUCUUUCUCUCUCUCCUUUGUUCUUCGUACUACUUGAACAAGAUCUACAGAAGACCACGAAUGGAACAAGAUCUGGUAGUUUUCGGUGGUAUUCGCGCUAUUUCUCAACGUCGGGAUGAAUUAUUCAAUGCUAGGGUUCGAUUCUUUGCGGCUCCAGUUCAGGUUGUUUUCGUGAUUCAAUCUCGCUUGGUGAAGUUGUAAGCUGGAAAAGGAGACUUGCAAUUGCUUUUGACACAGCUCAAGGAUUGGUCUACUUGCACACUGGUUGCAGCCCACCCAUAGUCCAUCCAGAUGUGAAGCCGGCUAAUAUACUACUGAAUCAACAUCUUUAGGCCAAGGUGGCUGAUUUUGGUUUCUCUAAAAUCUUCCCAGUUGAACACGUCUCAAAAUUAUCAUCUACCCCUGAUUAUGUUGACUAUCAAUUGUUGUACCAACUAUUUCUAUUCAGUUGGAGAUUCUAGAUCCAGAACUAACUUAGGUUUUGCGUUAGCGAAACCAAGAUUCAACAAUCUUCAAUGGCGGACUAUGAUUUUAUAGAGUUGGACAUGAGCUUAAAGAAUUAAAUUCCUUAUCAUCCUUAAUGAAGGACAAGCCCAGGAAGGAUGUAUUACCAAUAAUUCCUCAUCUUACUACAGAUUCUAUGUACUCUUCUUUGUUAGUAAUGUUGCACCAGUUAUUCGAAACCACUCCGAAAUCCCAAUCUCAUGCAUUAGUUAUUCAAGUUUAUUUUCAUUUUUAAUCCUAUUAAUAUCAAUUCUAUGUACUCUUCUUUGUUAGUAAUGUUGCUUUUGUUGCAGUGCGUCACUAUAAUCACUGGUCCCCGGAAAUAAAAUUUACAUUUGACCUGUUUCGAUGAUUAGGUCUUGCAACGGAAACAAGCAUUACAAAAGUAUAAGCACAUAUUAUUUGCAGAUGACCAGUACCGAAGUUGGCAGGAGGUUGAAGCAUCAUGCAACGAUGAUCCUGAGGGUCUGUCACUUAAAUUAGCUGAAAAGGGGGUUGUUUCUACUGCUUUGGAGGUGGCAGAAAGUGCCUGAUUGUCUAUAGAUCUUCGGAGAGAAUCGCAAGGCAGACAACUCGUCAAACUUCUUAUAGUAGACCCAUUGAGGGGAGGGAGUCCAGGUGAAGCCUCACGUUUUCUUUCAUAUUUGCACUAAUCAAAUGAUGCUCUACCUGUUGCAAUGGGAGCUACGUAACUUUUACCUCACCUGAGAUGACAUCAACUUUUUGUUAACUUUUUCCUGAAGAGGAAAGACUGUAAUGUAUCUGAUGCUGAGGUAUCUAGGCUGAACUCUUGGGCUUUGGGUCUUCGGGUUCUUUAUGCCUUGCCAUUGCCUUGGCAGCAAAGAUGUUCAUCCCUACAUGAGCACCCCCAAUUAAUCCUCUAGGUGUUGUUGAUGAGGAAACAUAUACAGUCUGCUACUCUGGAAAAACCCAGCGGGAUAAAAACCUGAUCGAAGGGAAAAAGAGUGCAGUGCAUAUUAUACUCCCCCUCAAUUUAAUAUAGCUCAUGAAGACGACGCAUUCCAAUUUUGUGUACCAACUGCUCAAGCCUCUUCGAAGGAAGAGAUUUGGUAAACAAAUCAGCAAGAUUGUCACACGAUUGAAUCUGUUGGACGUUUAUCGUUCCUUCUUUCUGGAGAUCGUGUGUGAAGAACAACUUUGGAGAUAUGUGUUUUGUUCGAUCACCCUUGAUGUACCCUUCAGUUACUUGUGCGAUGCAUGCAGUAUUGUCUUCGUAGAUGAUGGUAGGAUUUUCUGUUACUGAGUCCAUUCCACAUCCUUCUUGGAUAUUACUGAUCAUUGACCUGAGCCAUACACAUUCUCGUCCAGCUUCAUAAAGAGCAAUCAAUUCCUCAUGGUUUGAUGAUGUAGCGGUCAAUGUUUGUUUCGUUGAUUUCCAGGAUAUUGCAGUACCUCCAUAAGUGAACAAAUAUCCAGUUUGUGACUUGGCCUUCUGUGGAUCCGAUAAGUAUCCAGCAUCUGCAUAUCCAAUGGGAGUAGCAUCUUUUCUUGACUGAUAGAGUAGACCAAGAUCUGGUUUUCCUCGUAGAUAACGGAAUAAGUGCCUUAUUCCAUUCCAAUGUCUCUUUGUUGGCGAAUUGCUAUACCUGGCUAACAAGUUCACAGAAAAAGCAAUAUCGGGUCUAGUAUUGUUAGCUAAAUACAUUAAAGCGCCAAUUGCACUUAGAUAUGGUACUUCAGGACCAAGAAUUUCUUCAUUUUCAUCUCGAGGUCUGAAUGGGUCAUCUUUCAUAUUCAAAGAUCGAACGAUCAUAGGGGAAUUCAUUGGGUGUGAUUUGUCCAUGUAAAAGCGUUUUAGGACCCUUUCUGUGUAAUUUGAUUGAUGGACAGAAAUUCCCUCUUUCAAGUGCUCAAUUUGUAGUCCAAGACAAAAUUUGGUUUUUCCAAGAUCUUUCAUCUCAAAUUCUUUCAUCAAGUAUUUUGCAGUUUGUUCAAGGUCUCGUGGAGUUCCAAUGAUAUUUAAAUCAUCCACAUAUACUGCAAUGAUAGCGAAUCCUGACUGGGAUCGUUUAAUGAAAACGCAGGGACUGAUUUGGUUGUUUUUGAAUCCUUUUUUCACAAGGUAUUCACUAAGACAAUUAUACCACAUUCUUCCAGAUUGUUUUAGCCCAUAAAGUGACCUUUUCAGCUUUAUGGAAAGCAUUUCUUUAGGUUUGUGGUUUUCUGGUAAUUUUAGUCCUUCAGGGACUUUCAUAUAAAUGUCUGCGUCAAGUGAUCCAUAUAAAUAUGCGGUCACAACGUCCAUUAAUCGCAUUUGCAGUUCUUUCGAAACCGUCAAGCUUACCAAAAAUCUUAGUGUAGUUGCAUCAACUACUGGAGAAUAUGUCUCCUCAUAAUCAAUCCCUGGUAUUUGAGAAAAACCUUGGGCAACUAGCCUUGCCUUGUAUCUUGUAACCUUAUUGUUCUCAUUCCUUUUUCUCACAAAUACCCAUUUGUGCCCGACAGGUUUUACACCCUUUGGUGUAGUGGAUAUUUUCCCAAAAACUUCCCGUUUUUCAAGGGAUUUCAAUUCUGCCUGAAUUGCCUCUUUCCAUUUUGGCCAAUUAUGUCUGCGACGGCAUUCAUCCACUGUUUUUGGUUCAGGGUCAUCAUUAUCAGAUAUCAAUUCAAUUGCAAUGGAGUAAGCAAAUAUUUGAUCAACGAUAACAUUUUUCCGGUUGUAAUGUUUCUUGGUUGAAACAUAGUUCUAUGAAAUUUCAUCGUUAUCGACUUCUUUAUGUUUUUCUUCUUCCUCUUUAGGAGGAUCAUCUUUAUCAAUGUUUUCCUCUUCAUUUAGUCUUUCAUGACCUUCUUUUGGAGGAUCAAUAUUGAUUCCAUUUGUUACUCCAUCAGGCCUCUUUACCUUUCUUGGCUUAGAAUCUUUUGAACCAAAUGGCCUUCCACGUUUUCGUCGUGCCAUAGACUCAUUUUCAAUGGCCUUAUUAUCAGUGGAAAUUUCAAUGCGUGCAGGUGCAUUCUCUGCUGGUAUAUGUGACUUUGUCACCUUCUUUGUAUCCGUGAAUGCAUCAGGCAAUUGAUUUGCAACACUUUGUAAAUGAACAAUUUUCUUGACUUCUUGUUCACAUGAAUUUGUUCGUGGAUUAAAUAUUGACAGUUGUGUUGCUUUCCUUAUGAUUUCAAUCUUCUUUUUCCGUGGAUCCAAUUUCUCUCCCCCUAAGGCUGGGAAUACCGACUCAUUAAAAUGACAGUCAGCAAACCUUGCUUUAAAUAAAUCGUCAGUCAUUGGCUCAAGGUAUCUAAUUAUGGAGGGGGAAUCAUACCCAACAUAAAUUCCCAGCCUUCUUUGUGGACCCAUUUUUGUGCGUUGGGGUGGGGCAAUUGGAACAUACACGGCACAACCAAAGAUUUUUAGAUGUGAGACAUUUGGUUCUCGACCAUAUACCAAUUGUAAUGGUGAGAAUUCAUGAUAAGCUGUCGGUCUCAAUCUUAUUAACGCUGCCGCGUGUAAAAUAGCAUGUCCCCAACCAGAUGAGGGUAAUUUUGAUCGCAUUAACAAUGGUCUUGCAAUCAAUUGUAGUCUCUUGAUUAGUGACUCAGCGAGACCAUUUUGUGUAUGCACAUGAGCCACUGGAUGUUCGACAACAAUUCCAAUCGACAUGCAGUAAUCAUUAAAAGUUUGGGAUGUAAAUUCCCCAGCAUUGUCGAGUCUUAUUUUCUUAAUUGCAUGGUCUGGGAAUUGUGUUCUUAAUUUGAUAAUCUGAGCAAGUAGAAUUGCAAAUGCAACAUUUCUGCUUGACAAGAGACUCACAUGUGACCAUCGUGUUGAAGCAUCGAUCAAUACCAUAAAAUAUCGAAAUGGUCCACUUGCAGGAUUAAUUGGCCCGCAAAUAUCUCCCUGAAUUCUUUCUAAGAAUGAUGGAGAUUCAGUGGCAAUUUUGGUUCUGGAUGGCCUUAUAAUCAAUUUUCCAAGCGAGCAUGCAGGGCAUGUCAAUUCAUUUGAUCGGGGUAUUUUAACAUUCCUUAUUGAAUGCCCGAUCGAAUUUGCUAUAAUCUUGUGCAUCAUCCCUGUUCCAGGAUGACCCAAACGGUCAUGCCAUAAUGUGAGCAAAUUCUUGUCAUCUAACUUCUUGUUAGAUAUCAUAUUUAUUUCAAUUGGCCUUAUAUCUAUACGAUAUAGCCCUGAAGAAUAUGCUGGAAAUUUCUCAUAAAUAUGUUUCUUGCCACAUUUUUCUGCCGUGAGGCAUAAAUAUUCUUUUUGAUCCACUGUCAUUGUUUCUAAAUGAUAACCAUUUUGACGCACAUCUUUAAAACUUAAGAGAUUUCUUCGAGAUUUACUCGAAUAUAAAGCGUCAUUAAUAAUCAAUUUUGUUCCAUUUGUGAGCACAAUGCAAGCUCUUCCAGAUCCUUCUAUUAGCUUUGCUGUCCCGGAAAUGGUAUUGACAUUUGCUUGAAACUUUGUCAAAUUUGAAAAAUACUUUCUAUCUUUUAAGAUAGUAUGCGUUGUUGCACUAUCCAGAAGGCAUUGAUAUUGGGAACCAACUUCAGGUAGAUUCAUAUCUUCAUAAAUAAAUAUGCAAUUAGUUUAGAGAAAUGAAGAUAAUAAAAAGUUUAUUGAUUAAAAACUCAUGACAAGGUAAACGAAAAGUACAUAAGAACAAUACUUAACAUAAUUUCAGAUGGGGGUAUCUAUAUGUUACUAUUAUCCCCAAAUAUCAAAUCAUUGCCAUUUUCAGGGUUAUCCAAGAAGAAAUCAAACACAUCAAAGCUUGGCACUGAGGUAUUUUCCUCAUUUACAUAGUUUGCCUCUGCAACUUUUCCUUUGCCUUUUAUGGAUGCUUGGUACAAAUCUACCAAAUGUUUGGCAGUACGGCAUGUUUUCCCCCAAUGGCCAGUCAUGCCACAUCUAAAGCAUGUGUCUUUUUCUUUUGAGGGGGUCUGCUUUUGAUUUCCUUGUUGAUGCCCUUUGUGGUUAUUGUUUCGAGGGGCGAGAUAACCCCUGCCACGACCACGACCACGGCCACGCCCGCAGUGGUUUCCACGUCCUCUACCGCGGUGGUUAUAUCCUCCACGUCCACUUGUAUUAGCAACAUUUGCCUCAGAUUCAUGUCUGAGUAUCGGUUUGAUGUCUCAAAGCUAGAACCUCUUAUAGCAAAGCCUCACUCUUCGGAUAACCGUGCUUUAGCGAGAGAGUGUAAAGAUGUCAAAAUUGACAGAAUAUAUUGGUUUCUGUACCGGUGGGAAGACAACAGAUUUUCUAGCUACAACCAAAAUCUUUUUGGACUCUGCAAGCGUGUUAUUCAUUCAGAUGCAGGGACAUAUUAUCUAUUGUUGCUGAAACUUUGAGAGGAAACUACAUGGAGUCAAUAAAAAGUAUAUGCAAACAUAUGACUAAAAAGUUCUACAUUGGACUAGGAGAGUGGGAGUUGUAUCAGGAAUUGCGGCCAUAAAGUUGGGCGAGGAACUAUCACGACUAUUCUUUAUGCUAUUAGGCCGGCCAUGUUUAAUUUCUCUAAACUUAGCCAUGUAUUUUUUUAUGCCUAGCCAUGAUUUCAAUAUAUGUAACCUACAUCAAGUAAUUAGCUUUGUUUCUUUUCAUGCUUUCAACUAUUUCUAUAGAGUAAUUAGGCUUAUGAUUUGUAUAGAGUUCCGAGAGAUAGUUUUUUAUAUCUUGGGGGGAACGUGCGCGCUAGCGCACGUUCCAACAACUAGUGUCUUUAAAGAAAUAGACAUUCUAGGACCCUUUUAUAGUG